AUGUUAUUAACAGGUGGUUCAGCUGUUAUUCAUUCAUUAUGUGGAAUAAAUAUUAUUACAAUAUGUUUUUUAUUACCAUUAGGAACAAUAAUUUCUACAAUAUUUGGAGGAAUAAAAGGAACAUUUUUAAUAAAUUAUAUUCAUAAUGUUAUUAUUUUUAUUAUAAUAUUUAUUUUUACUUUUGUAACAUAUCAAACAUCAUCUUUAUUGGGUUCAUUUUCUCAAAUUUAUACUUUACUUGUUAAUGAAAGUUUAAAUCAUCCAGUUGAUGGAAAUUUUCAAGGUUCUUAUUUAACAUUUAAUUCUCGAAAUGGUUUAAUGUUUUAUUUAAUGAAUCUUAUUGGAAAUUUUGGAACAGUUUUUCUUGAUAAUGGAUAUUAUAAUAAAGUUAUUGCUGCUUCUUCAAAAUCUAUUGUACGUGCAUAUAUUUUUAGUGGUUUAGCAUGGUUUGCAAUACCAUUUGUAACUGGUACAACUAUGGGUAUUAUUUCUAUAACACUUCAAACAAAUCCUUUAUUUCCAACAUAUCCAAAUCAAUUAAAUGAAUAUGAAAUAACAUCUGGUUUAACAUUACCUUCAGCUGCAAUUGUUUUACUUGGAAAAACUGGAAGUUUAUUAAGUUUUAUUUUGAUUUAUUUAACAUGUACAAGUGCAAUGUCUUCACAAUUUAUUGCUGUUACUUCAAUAAUCACAUUUGAUAUUUAUAGAAUUUAUUUUCAUCCAAAUGCAUCAAAAAAACAAUUAUUUUUUAUUUCACAUUUAUCUUUAUUCAUUUUUGUUUUAAUAAUGAAUUUUUUAUCUAUUGGUUUAUAUUAUAGUUCAAUCAGUAUGGGUUAUUUAUAUAAAUUAAUGGGAAUUCUUAUAUCAAGUGCUGUUAUACCAGUUAUAUUUACACUUUUAUCAACUAAACAAAAUAAAUUAGCUGUUUGUCUUUCACCAUUAUUGGGUUUAAUAUGUUCAAUUAUUUCUUGGUUAUUAACAACAAAAUAUUUCUUUGAAAAAAUUAAUAUUCAAACAACUGGAUCAAAUUUAUCAAUGUUGAUUGGAAAUCUUGUUGCAUUAUUAAGUCCUUGUUUAUUUAUUCCUUUAUUGAAUUUAAUUAAACCAAAUGAAAAUCCUUAUGAUUUUGUAUCAAUGAGAAGAAUUGCUUUAAUUGAAGAUGAUUUAAUAAAUACAAAUAAUUCAACAAUUGUUGAAAUUGAACGUGCAAUUAUUUAUUUAAAAGAUAAUUCACGAUUCAUUUGUUUUUUAGCAAUUGGAAUAACAAUUUGUUUCAUUAUUAUUUGGCCAUGGCCAAUGUUUGCAUCAUCGUAUAUUUUUUCUGAAACAUUUUUUAUUUGUUGGAUUUGUUUUGGAAUAAUUUGGUUAUUAAUUUCAUUUUCUAUUGUUGGAAUUUAUCCAAUUAUUCAACAUUUUCAAACAAUUAAAUCAAUUUUCCGAUUAAUUUAUUUUGAUAUCAAAACAUUUCUACAACGUGAUUAA